GUUUUCAGUUGAUGUUUUUUUUUUCAUCUGGUGGAAACAUUGUUUCAGUUCAUGUGUAUUUAGUUGUUUUUUUAUGUUUUGAAUGAAGAUGAUGAAAAAGAAGGAGAGGAGGAUGAGAAGAAGAGGAAUGCUGAUGAUGAUCAGCAUAAAGAUGAUGAUGAUGAUGAUGAUGAUGAUGAUGAUGGUGAUGAUAAGGAUCACCAGAAUUAUAAUGAGACAAAGGAUGAUGAUGCUGAUGAUAAUGGUGAUGCUGGUCUUUAAGGAGAUGAAGACAAAGGAGGAGAUAAGGAUGCUGGUGUUCAUGGAGAUGGAGAGGAAGGUGGAAAUAAUGAGAAAGAACCAAAGGAAGAUGAUAAGAAGACUGGCAAUGCUGAUGAUGAUGGUGGUCUUCAAGGAGAUAAAGAGAAAGGAGGAAAUAAAGAGUUGGAUGCUGGGGUUCAUGCAGAUGGAGAGAAAGGAGGAAAUGUUGAGAAAGAACAACCAAAGGAAGAUGAUACGAAGACGAGGAAUGCUGAUGAUGAUCAACUUAAAGGGCAAGGAUAAGGAUAAGUGUAAGAUUUCUACACACGCCCCUACUCGCACCGCUGUUGGUGUUGAUCUUGUUGAUCUUCAGAAAUCUGAGAAAGUUGUGAGAGUUAAGGAACCAGGUGAUGAUUAUGACGAUGAAGGUUUGGAGGAUCUCAUUGAUAGGGUUUGUGCACAAGGAGUUGAUUCUAAUGAGCCCAAAAAAGAAGAGGAAGAGAAGGAAGCUGGUGUUUGUUCAUCUUCUACACCUGGAUUGCAUGUUGUUCCUGUCAACAAUCAUGGCAUAAUAUUGUGUCGAAGUUUGCAACAAUAUAAUAAGUAUUUGAGUGAUCUGUCUCCUGAGCAGAGGUUGCUGGUUGAUUAUCUAUUUUACAAUGAGUAUGAAGAUGUUGCAUUUAUGUCAUUGGAUAUAGAUUCUGAAGAAUCUAAUGAAAAGUAA